AAAGAAAGAAAGAGAAUGGGAAAAUUAAUGGCAAAGAGGUUUUGCAUUGGGUUUGGGUGUGGAAUAAUUGGGACGAGCAAUAGCAACAACAAAAGAUCACCAACAUCGUCGUCAUCAUCAUCAUCAUCAUCAUCAUCUUGUAACAAUAACAACAUAAAAUGGGAGAUGAGGCCUGGAGGGAUGCUGGUUCAGAAGAGAUCAGAAGAUUCUAACACUGAAGAUUUAAUCAGCCUUAGAGUCUCCACUGUUUCUCAGCUGUCUUAUGAAAUCUCUAUUGAUGCAAACUCGACUUUCGGUGAAUUGAAGAUGAUGAUAGCAAUAGUGAGUGGAAUUGAGGCAAUAGAGCAGAGACUCUUGUUCAAAGGGAAGGAAAGAGAAGACAGAGAAUACUUACACAUGAUUGGUGUUGGAGAUGGAGACAAGGUCUUUCUAUUACAAGAUCCUUCUUUUAAGGAGUUGAAACUUCUUCAUCUCCCAAUAACUGUCUAGCUAGUUUAAUUCCUUAUUUUAUUAAUUGUUUAAUCGACCGAUUAAUAAUUAGCUCUAAUCUACUUGAAACACUCUCUUAUAGAAAUGCUAUAAGUUCUUGGCUUUGUAGGAGUAUAUGUUUGUUAUCUGUUGUCUUGUCUCACAAUUG